AUGCGGAUUCUCUUCUGGUGUCGUCCCAUUCAGUUGCUGAUCAGAAAUGAGCCAGAUCAGCAGAAUUUGACAUUUGAUCCAGUCACAGCUAACAAAUACUUGCAGAUAUCUGAUAAUAACCAGAAGGUAACUCAUCCCCAAGGUUUUCAAAAGCCAAAGCCAAAUGACCCUCAAAGGUUUGAGCCAUGGCAAGUCAUGUGUACUCAGAACUUCAGCCAAGGCUGUCACUACUGGGAAGUAGAGUUAUCUGACCACUCCGUCAUUGUUGGCGUAGUUUGCCAAACAUUCACCAGAUUGAAACAGGCUCAUCAGAAGUUCACCAUUGGGUUGGAUAAAUUCUCCUGGGGCCUGCAUAUCCAAGAAGACAGCUACGUGGCUUGGUACAAUGACAAGUCUACAAAGAUAAAAGAACCUCUGUGCAAAUUCAUUGGAGUUCUAUUGGACUGUGAUCAAGGAACGAUAUCCUUUUACAGCAUAGACAAUAAUAUGAAAUGCCUUCAUGUUUUUCACGCCACCUUUACAGAGCCUCUAGUUCCAAUUUUCUGGCUUUGUGAAGGUACAGCCGUGACUCUUUGCCAAAGGCCGCCCAGCCAGAUUUAACUGUUGAGAAGUCACCUGAUUUACAAGUAUAGGCAAAGACUGCCCCUAUGGAAAAACUCUGAGUAAGCAAAUAACUCUGGAACAUUGACAAAAAAUUAAGCUGUUUGGCUGUACAAGAGACAAUAGGUACAGAUGUAGUUAGAUGCUUAUACAGCACAGAAUCUAAUACGUGAGUUUUUGGGGCUGCAUAAAGCUUUCUGACAAGCUACAAAAUUAAGAAAUGAAUAGCAAUAAAGAAAUAGUGUAAACAUAAUUAACUUUUAAGUGGGAAAUUGUCAUAGCCAAUAAAGAAUCAAGUUGGACAGAAAGAAAAUGCACAGUAGUGUUUGCCCUGGACAGAUCAUUAUUCACAAGCAUUCUGCAGUCACUUCAUUAUGAAGGUAUUUUGUGAAACAGUUAAGUACAUAUAUAGUUUCUCAUAUGGGUGACUGGAUAAUAAGAAGUUCUUAAGAAUUCAUAUUCCGGAAAGCAAUUUUUAAAAUUUAUUGUAACCUUUUCCCUAUUAGAACAGACUACAGUCUUUAAAAAGAUCAACAAGAUCUUUGAAUGGAAAACAGAAUUAUAAAAAUGCAAGCAUUAAUGUUUUGUUUUUUUUAAAAAAAAAAGCAGCUUAAAAGGAAAUCUAGAUCUAAAGCAGGUUUUAUUCCAUUUUCCUAAGUUUGUGAAAAUUUGCAGGGAAAGAAAGCUUAUUUUUCUAUGGAGAAAAUUAUGACAUAUGUAUAACUAGCAUUGCAGGUUCUUGUCAUGUUUAUUAUCAUUUUUAUUCUGUGCAUACAAAAGGAAAGUUGGAAUGAUGUUAUGUAAUGAUCCUCAGAACUGUCCAUUACCAAGA